AUGACGAGACAAACUGUAAUUGAAGGACUCCAUAGGCAAUUUAAUUCAAUACGCAGAUCAAGAUCUAAGUGGAUUGAAGUUGUUGAUAAAUCCGGAAAAGUCUUCACAAGCCUAGUUUACAACCUUAUGCGUGAAUUGUCUUCCUUUCGUUCUGACACCACAGAGGACCUUUGGUCUGUUGAUUUGAUUCCUCAAUGCAGUGCAGCCUGUCAUUUAUUCCUAUCUGGAGACCCAAUCGGGGCAGCUCAUUUAGCGGCUGCUAAACGAAUAGAAGAUGAUUUUUCAUCGUUGGAGAAUCUUCUUGGGCAGAUUCAAAAUUGUGUAGACUUAGUAGAGAAAUCAGUUCAUUGUUUAUCUGCUCUGAAGAAAUUGAACAUAAACCUGGGCUCUUCAAACCUUGAUGGUCCAGUGUCGAUUCUUGUCUCUGACUCAAAGAAACGCACUAAGCAUAGGCAUGAUUUAAAUUCUUCAAUUUUACCCUCGGAUCAUAUUCCCUGGUCUGUGAUUCAAGCAGAAUCUGAAGCACUCCUUCGCCGUUUGCGUUCUGAUCUCACUUUACGUAAAGAAUUCCUUCGAGCACUCACACAAUCCUUCGCCACAGUUAACUCAAAUUGCAUUUCUGGUGAGCUGAGUGAAUUUCAACGCCUGAGCUUCCUUUGGCGUCAAUCAGAGCAUCUGGUUAAAUGGGAAAAUCUACUUGCACUUGAAGAACACAUUGAAUACGCGUUCGGUUAA